CGAAUAUAUUCAGCCAUGCCCACGAAGAAUCUGGAGGCAGUGGACAUUCUGGAAGCCCUCGAAUCGAAGCUCGCAUACAUUCCAGGGGGACGUGAUCGCGAAGGAAGACCUUUGGUAGUCGUCAACGUGCCAUCGGAGCCACAACCCACCACGAAACCACGAUUGGAAUCUCUGGUUGCGUACUUCUUGUCAAUUUUUAGCGAGGAAACGAAGAGGAACGGGUUAGUCUUGAUCGUGGACGCACGAAAGGGUGCGUGGCGCGUUGCGAGGUCGUGCAUAAGAUUGUCGAUGGUGCUUCUGGGACCUUCCGCCGCUUCCGUGAUCGUAGUCCGUCCUGAAGGCUUCUGGGACAAACGAGUCGACAGUUGCACCAGGUCCCACAAAGAAGGAGAGCCGACGUACCUUACUCUGUCGAGGCUUCAACUUCACGUCGAUUUUACUCAACUGCCGUACGAAUUAGCUGGCAACAAACUCUACGAUCACACGGAGUGGAUUCAGAAUCGUGUGAAAGUGGAAGAUUACUGCAAAGAUGCAUCCGACCUUGUGGUAAGGAUGUACGACCUGCACCGAAGAUUAAUCAGCUUGGAUGCAUUUCGGAUGUCAGAGUCCGACGAGGAUCUAGAGACCUACUGGGAGAUGAGCACGAAAUUAACGUCUGUUGGACGACACAUUCUCCAGUCGGGUAGAAAUUUAGUGAGCUCGUUGAGCAGAGAGUCGAGAAAGGACUCUUUGGACACCACGAAAGGAAUCCACGAGCUGAUCGACUCCAUCGAACUGAAGAAGGUGGACAUCGAAAAUUCUUGGUCAGAAAUGGAGAGGAAUUUGGACACCGCUAGAGUAAUCGGCGAUCUAGAAAAGGGUGUGUCCCGUGUUACCGACUGGAUCCUCGGACCAGCUGACGCAAUGUUGAAUUCUUGUUGCCAGGUUGGAUUCGAUGUUUCGUCUUCCGAGGAGUUUCGAAGGCGGCACGAAGAACUGGAGUUGGAGUGCAGGGAGACAUAUGGUCGAUACGCAGAAUUGCUACACAAGAUCGACAGUUUGCCAAGCACACGUUUGUCCGAAGACCUGAAAUCCCAAAGAGACUUCAUGGAUUUCGUCUGCAGGAGUUUCGCGACCAGACUCGAGAGGCGACGGAACGUGCUGAUCACAUCGCAAAGGUUCUUCAGGCUGGUUUCCGAGUACUUUGACAAAACGAGCGACGUGUUCGACAAAUUGGUAAUGGGCAAUAGAACUCGCGAUUUCUCUCAGGCUGCCGGAUACCUUUUGAAGUUGGAGCAGAGUCAAGCGAUUCUCGAAACGUUGGAGUGCGAGUUGGUGAAGGAAGGUGAAAAAUUAUCGGACAUACUCUCGAUGCCUGUGAAGGAUGCCCUCGGCCGGGACGUGCAAGUCGACUACGGCGAAGAUAUAGUGAACGUCCGAGAUAUUUUGGAUGCAACGAAUGCUAGGAAAAAUAUCUUCAACGACAGUGUUGAAUUGCAGAAGCUGUCGUUGAAACAGAUCGCUUUGAUAUAUACUUACGAAAGCGACGCUGAACAGGCGAUUAAAUGGUUGAACGACCUGUACGAAGUUCUUUUGAAGAAUCACAUGGAAAUUGGAUGCAACGCCCUCGAAAUACAAUCGCAGAAGGAAGAACAUCAGUCGUUUCAAGAAACUGCUAAGGGAACGUACGACUAUGGUUGCCAAUUAAUGAACGGUGCUCGAGUGUUGAGAUUGUCUUGCAGACUAUCUCUGGAAAGCAACGCGACGCUCUUCUCGAGGCUUCGUCAAGCUUGGAAGCAGCUUCGAUCAGUCGGUCAAGAACAAUUAACCAGGCUGAGAGUGUGCGCCGUUUUUCACAGAAGCGUCGAAGAUCACUGCACGAAAUUAUGCGAUCUGAUCGAGACAGUGGGUUGUUUGCGUCGAUCGUCGAAAGCAGAGGAUCUGGUGGCAGAGUCGCGAGCCAGGGCAGAGAUAAGAGACAUCCUGGGCAAUCGGGAGAAGCUUCUUCUGGAAGUAGGCCGAAUGGUACGGCUUGGUCGCCUUUUGAGGACCAGAUUGAAGGAACCCCUUUGCCAUCAACGAAUGUCUGAAGCCGAUGAUGCCACGGAUAAAGUCAGUAACUUGACAGCGGUGGAGGCCAUCUCGGCAAGGUUGGCGGAAGUAGUCCGACUCGCGGAGAAACUGGACGCGAGACUUUGCGAGGCGGGAGCCAGGACUCGACCAGUUCCCAUGUCGUCGUCCGCGAUGUCCUCAACUUCCUCCUUGUUCUCAUCGUCGAGCGUGGUUCCAGCUACCGUGACCACCUCACUUCCCAGCCACUGUCAACCGAUUUUCGCUGGAAUCGAAACCAUCAGCGGAUCCCCGGUGAUUCCGUUGAUAAGUUCCUCCACGUCCACGGCACCGCUUCAACCAAAAUCCCUCUCCACGGUUCUAUCCGCGCCAAUAUCGACGGCCAAGGGCGCUGUUGCCUCCGCAGCAAUCAGUUCUUCGUCCAUGGCUGUCUCGAAUGGAUCGGUUUCCACGAGUAAUCUACCUGAAAGAAUUCUGUCCCCCGUAUUGGAGACUUCAGGAACGGAUGCCGCGAAGAAUAUUGCUGGAACCGGAAGUGAAACUCGCGAGGGUUCCAGUUCUGAUCGAAUCGUGAUUGGUGACAGUGAUAGGCAGGAAGAAGUUAUGGAGGAGACGGUGGAAAGGUCUUACGAGAACAGCGUGGCCGACGACUCGAACAUCGAGGGCUACGUGACAGCGACCGAGUGCUCGACUCCGACUGGCCGUUCCAGAAGCGAGUCGUUCGUUACAUCUCCAGAAUGCGAAGACCUUGCUGCUCCAGCAAGCAUGAUGUCCACGCGCGAUACUUGGUGGAACAUCGAGGAUCCUAAAUUUAUCACCGCGUGCGCAGCGGUGUCCUCGUCUCUGAUUAAACAAGAGGAUGCUUCGAGAAUUACAGGAAUUCCGGAAAAAGACGCCUCGACGGAGGUUUCGAAGCCAGAAAUUUCCAAGAUAAACGGCGAAAAGGAGAUUGAGAAAGUCGUGUCUAUGGAGAAGAGAGUAGAUGAAAAGUCUGGAAAAAUUGUGAAGGAAGUCACGGAAACCACGACUCUGCGUGUGUCGCACGAUACUCGAUUAGGAGUUGCCUCUUACAAGGUGAUAUCCAAUACUCUGCACGAUCAUCGAGAAAAUGUCGACGUUAAGGAACUCAAGGAUCUCGAACGCGUCGUCUCAUCGGACGUUCAUGGGAAAGCAAACAGUUUACAUCACGAAAGAGAUUCUGGUACAAAAACCGAGUCGUACAGUCGCAGGGACGAGUUUUCAACGAAAACCGAGGAUACCGAACGCUCGAUAAAGUUCACGAAAAUUUGCGAAUUGAAGGAAGAGGAGAAGCCACGUGUCAGUUUCGGGGAUGGUUCGAAGGAUAUCACAUUGUCUUUGAAGGAAUAUACGCGACACCACGAAGACAGCGGAAUCGAGAUGUCACCGACCAAGAAGGAGGACAGCCUGGAAGGGCAAGAUUUCCUCGAAAGGGCGAGGAAGAGCGGAGAAUGGCUACGACUGAAGGUUCUGGAGGUCCAACCAGAAUUAACGAAGCUCGGUGGUUCGGUGGAGGAAGCUACCGAAUUCUCGAAUGCACACGACGAAGUUCUGCUUCGAUUACAGAGCAAACAGAGCCCGGUAGAGGAGUUGCUCCGGCAGGCUGAUCAGCUGAUUUCGAAUCAAAGGCCGAGAGCGGAAGUUUACGCUGCGAUGGCGGAAACUCUGGGCCAAGCAUGGCGCGACGUGAACGAGCUUUUAGAACGUCGAAAGCAGAUACUCGACUCCAACGUGUUGUUCCAAUGCCGAGCAGAAGAGUGUCGGGAAAAUAUGAGAGCCCUCGAAAUGGCUUGCAACGAUACGCUGUUGCCGAUCGAGAUCGAGGCCGUGAAAAACUUCUUAUCGAAGAUCCACGAUCUCCGGAAAAACAUGCUGGAAGCGUUGAUGGGCGCGUUGCAAGAGGGAAAGAAUUUAUUGGACAGGCUGAAGGAGAUCGCGAACGAAGGUACUUUGGACUUCAGGCCGGACAGAAUUAAAUUGGAAGCUGAUCACGCUGUGCUGAAAGUCGAAAGAUGGUUGGAGGAGCUUCACGAUAGACGACGACUGAUCGAAGCAUCGUUUCGUAGCAGAAAGACUCAAUUGGAGCAAUGCCUGGCUCUAGCUUUGUUGGCGACCGAUCUACGCGAUCUCGAAGAGAUUCUGAACGACAGGAUCGCUGCUCUUUCGAGUAGCUGCGAUCAGCUUGGAGAUUCUGCGUCCAGCGCGGAAUUGCUCCUAUUCGAACUGAAGAAGUUACAGACAGAAGCAAAGGAGUUUCAAGACAGAUCGAUCAAAAUAACGAAGUCGACCGAACGAUUAGUGUCAUCCGGACACUUUGCGGGCGAACAAGCAACGGAGCAAGCUUAUGCCAUCCUCGGUGCCGCUGCUGAUUAUGUCAACGACUUGGACCAGUACGAAUCGUUACUGAACAGGGCCGUGGUCUUCUUCGAUUCAGCGCGUUCGGCUAUUACAAAACUGGAUCAGUUGGAGAUCCAGCUUGUGACAACGGAACAUCCUCCAUAUUCGACAGGAUUGGCGCGUUUCCAUGCUCAAACGGUCGCUACCAUCGAAGACGUUACUUCGAAACCAUUGACGGAAGGGUACGCCCUCCUCGAUGUGACAGGAAGAGGAGCGCCUGGCGCUGAGGGUGUGAAACGCGCGGUGGAGGAAUUGGAGAACCGUAAGAUCCGAUUAAUGGAGCGAUGUACGGCUCACGAGAAAGAGAAUCUCGAGAUAUCGAGGAUCAUAAAUACGUUCUUGGACAAGCACGACGAGCUACGAAAAUGGCUGUCGAGCAUACCGGAAGCGUUCCUUCAGGGUCACCAGGACAUGGGCAGCGACGUUUCCAUGGCGGAGGAUUUCUGUCGAUUGCAUCGUCAACUGUUGAACGAUCUCGAGCGGAGAACCGAGGAAGUCGAGCAUCUGGAGUUCGAGAUACUUCCGAUCAGAGAACGAUUGGAGGAGUCGCAGAAGCUGGAAUUGCAAUCGAAGGUCGAGGAGCUUCAGAACUCCUGGGCGAAAACGAAGGACCUCGUCGCGAGCAGGAUCGAUUUGGGCACCAUUUACUGGCAAUUUCACGCGGACGUCGAAAACCUGUCGAGAGAAAUCGAAUCUAUCGAUCACGAACUGACCAGGUAUACGGACGUUUUCAACGAGGUCAAAGUUGAGGAGCUCGAGAGACGUUGGAAGGAUCUGCAACCUCUUUACUCGAAACUCACUGCCAAUGGAAAGGCAUUCUUGGACGCUGCUCUCAAGGUCGACGAUCCCUAUUUAGACGUGCAGAGAGCAUGUUUGUGUGUCCAAACUCUCUUGGACAAAUUUGCUAAUAAACAAAUACAAUUGAAGAGAAUCACCAGUGAAAUUUUGAUGGAGAAACGGAUCGAAUACGAACGAAAAAUCGAAGAAAGUACAAAGACAUUGGAAACGGUUACUAAAUUCAGCGAGCAACUGUAUCCAGUGAUAAAAACUCAGUCCUCUGAAACAACGGACAUCCUUCAGGAUCUGCAAAGUUCGAAACUCCGCGUUCCGCCAGAAUUGACCAAAGCAAUGAUCGAAUUGGAUUCCAGAAUUAAAAGCAUGAAUUCUUUGGGCCAGAAAGGAGAUGCACAAAAUGCCGAGAAGAUCUCGAAGAGACUCGAACAGAUGCACGAAGAUUUGCGUACUACCUCGACGGACUACGAAACUCUCCUGGACUCGUUGAUUUCCAUCUUCCAGCACAUCGAACAAGUCAAAGAAGAAAUCGAGCAGCUGAAGAUCCAAGCGGAGCGCGUAAUGACUUUGAAAAACAUAGUCGAAGUGGAUACCGCUUCCAGCGAAGUAGAAGCGAGGAGAAAGGCCAUAAACGAUCGAUUGAGUCGGUUGAACGCAAAAUCGGAAGACGUGAUUGCUAGAAUCAAGAAACAGGAGCCACCGGAAGCUGGCGUUCAGGACAUCGAGAAACUGAAUCACGCGGCACUGUUGGCGGUGAUUAACUUUACGUUUUAUGAGUGCCAAAUGAAACAGAUCGAAGAACAUCGACGGACCUGCAUGUUCGCGGAGGAUCUAGAGAGGAUUCAUAGCGAGUUACGCGAUCUGGACGAGCAUCUGAAGACAGUGGACGCGAAGAUCGGUGAAAAUGUUCAGGUGGCCAGAGCGGCUGCUGCUUCCUUCGUGCAAUUUGAGAAAACAGUCGAGAUUCUGGAAGAAAGGAUCGAGACGUUCAUUAAAACGACCGAAGAGUCGGUUACUAUUACGACACCGGAGAUCGCAAAAGACAUUUCCUUGUUGAGAGGAAGAUGGAGGAAUCUUAGACAAAAGGUGGAAGAAACGAAAAUACGAAUGAAUCUGAGCGUCGAUUAUUUUGUGCUUUUGGAGGAAGCCAAGGAGUGGAAUAGAACGGGUAGUAAAUUGUUAAUGGCGAUCGCGAGGAAAGCAACCGUAGUAAAAGUACCGAGAGACGCGACGGAGCUGCUUCACGAAAUUGAAGAUUUUUUAAAACCGGGUGAAGAGAUUCAAGAGAUGAGGAUCGAGAAACUGAAGAAACUAUCGACAAUUGUUUUCGGUACUGAUAGAUUGCCGCAAUUCAACGAGGUGAUACUGGAGAAUCGUCAAAUGCUGGACUCGUUUGCUGUCGUUUCCUCGGAAUUGCGAACGCUGGCGGAGAAUUUGAGGAACGCGGAAGAUUUGUGCGAAAAGUUGCGGAUCGAGAAACAGGAAACGAACGAGAAGCUGCAGGCAGCUAAGGAAGUGAUGGCUGCCGCGGAAGCUGCCAGAGAAGAGGCUGAGAACGCUAGAAGGGUCGCUGAGAAAUUUGCGGCGGAAACGUUGGAAAAAGCGACGAUGGAAGCGAGGAGAAUGAGAGAGGAUAAGGAAGCAGAGAAAGCUGCUGCACCUCCGUUGUGUUCGGUGUCUGCGCAGACUGAAACGAUCGAGACUACGAAAGACGAGAGUUUUGUCGAGGAAACAGUCACUUCCGCCAUCACCACUAAAGAAAUUCACAUCUUGGAAAAGACGGAAAUCGAGAAAACUGUUCCUCUGUUUGAACGGGAAGCAAGUCCACCGAGGAAGGUCGUGACAGAACAAACGCAAGAGAAGUUGCACGAAAAAAUGGAAAAGGAAGAGGUUCCUCCGUUAGCUCCGGAAUUUUCCAUCCCCUUGAACGAUGCCACGGUUCAAGAGGGCGAGAGAUUCACCUUCCAGUGCAGCCUUGUUGGCCACCCACCGCCGGAAGUGGUUUGGUACAAAGACGGAAUUUCGAUCUUGAACAAUCCUGACUACUUGACUACUUACACGCAAGGCGUUUGCACCUUGACGAUCGAGGAAACUUUCGCCGAGGACUCUGCCAAGUAUACUUGCAGAGUGUUCAACAUCGCUGGUUCGGCUGAAACGUCUGCUACGUUGACUGUCAGCGAAACAACUCCGGAAGAGCAACUGAGUCCACCAGUUUUUGUAAAAGAAUUGUUACCAUCGGUGGUAACGGAAGGCUCGUCGCUUCGGAUGGACUGUGUCGUCGAGGGCAAUCCUCUACCGACUGUCCAGUGGUAUAAAAACGAUACAAAUAUCGAUAAUUCGCCGGACUAUGUCAUCACUUACAACAACGGUGAAGCUGUUUUAAAAUUCGACGAAGUGUUCCUGGAGGACAAAGCCACUUACACGUGCAAAGCGGCGAAUCGAUUGGGUCAAGCUUCCACUUCCGCUUCCCUCAAUGUGGAAACGUCAGAGGCCGGUCAGGAGAAACCAUGUUUCACAACACCCCUAUCGAACGCAAUGGGUAGAGCAGGUCAGAGAAUAAAACUCGAAUGCGAAGCGAGAGGAAAUCCCACGCCCACGUUGACUUGGUACCACGAUGGACGACCGAUCGAGGAAACCAUGAACUUGAAGAUACAAACGGACGGGAAUCGGAGCAACUUGGUAAUCUCGGAGGCGUUCGCGAAGGAUGCCGGAUGUUACAUGGUAGUCGCUAGGAACGAGGCUGGCGAGGCAACGGUGUCCUGUCACGUUUCCGUCAAGGGACGUCUUCCCCACGAAACCAGCGACUCUGAGCCUCCUUGCAGCGACAUGGAACCCGUCGUACCCAAGAUUCAGAUGCCCUUGAAGGAUCUCAAGGCUCAGGAAGGCCGGUCCGUUCGUUUGGAUUGCGUGAUCGUCGGUCAACCCGAACCAGAAGUGAUCUGGUAUCACGACGAGCAACCUGUGAAGGAAUCCGCCGACUUCCAGCUGCUGUUCCAGGGUGACAAGUGCUCUUUGGUCAUCCACGAGGCUUUCUUGGAUGACGCUGGUGUGUACAAAGUAGUCGCCAUUAAUUCUGGCGGCGAAGCGUCUAGUCAGUGCACAUUAACAGUGACUCCGGUCUCGGUUCCUGACGAGCUGGACAAAGCGCGACCGGAAGUCGAGGAAACGUUCGCCGCGGGUUCGCCGCCAAAAUUCGUCAAGCUUCCAACGGACUCGUUGGUAGCCGAGGGAGAGAACGCCAUCUUCGAAUGCGCGGUGAUCGGAGAACCGAAACCGGAACUAAGAUGGUUCUCAGACAGCGUCGAAAUCACUGCCAACGAAAGAAUCUUGAUGAAGCAGACGGAAGAUGGAACAGGCAUUUUAAAAAUUUUAUCGGCGAUCCCCGAGGACAGAGGAAAUUACGUGGUGAAAGCCACCAACGUCCACGGGAAAGCAAAGGCUUUCGCCAGGCUAGUCGUAAGAUCGUUGGGCGAUUUUCGAGGAAAAGAGGAGUUUGUUCAGAUGGAAGAAAAAUUGAUCGCACCCACGUUCAAGGAAAAAUUUGAAAGCAGAAACGUCCCCGAGGGAGUUUCCACGAAAUUCGAAUGCAUCGUUGUUGGAAAACCUUCUCCAAAGAUCCAAUGGCUGUUUAACGACCGUCCUGUUCAUGGAAAGGACUUCUUGGUGUCUGUCAGCGGGGAUAGGCAGGUGCUGACGAUUCCGGAGACCGGAAGCACGCAUGUCGGUACGAUUUCCUGCGUGGCGGAGAACGCUGCUGGCAAAGCGAUCUGCACUGCUCGGUUAGAGAUCGGUGGCUGGCCAAAGGAAGAAAAUAAGGUUGAGGAGAGGGUGUUCGAGCUAGUCGAAAGAUUACCAAGCGAGGAAAUGCACGCGGCAAGUAGUAGCGAGAAGCAGUUCUGCGCGGAGAAAAUGGCCGCGCUCGGGGGUGAGAACGAAACGAUGACCAAGAUGUCCCAGACCAUCACGGAAUCCUCCACCACGCACACCACCACGAAAAAGGAGUAUAUCUCGUCGAUGAUGUCCUCGACCACGUCCAAGUCUGGACAGGAACCCACCAGCGUUUGCGUGAAAACCACCGUUCACAGCACCGAGCAAUCCGCGUCGGAAAAUGAAGCACCCCCCGUUGUCCAGUCGUACAAAGUGGAAGAACACGAGAAGAUCAUACAGGACCAACCAGGCGAAAUUCGACAAGAAAAGACGGUGGUCGUAUCUCAGGACGAGGAAGGAAUCAAAAGAGACAUGAAAACUGCACAGAUACCAAAACCAACCAGGAAAUCAACCGCGCCAAGAUUCGUGUCACCGAUCACAGGCAUGAUCGUAGAUCAGGACACCGACAUUGUCUUUGAAGGAAUCAUUGAUGGCUACCCUCAGCCUUCGAUCAGCUGGUCAAAGAACGGGCAAGAACUGAAGACGAAAGAUGGAAUGGUUCUAAGUUACGCUCAUAAUCAUGUUCGUCUCGAACUGAAGAACGUUAACGUGAAAGACGCAGGAAGAUACACUUGCACCGCGAGCAACGACGUUGGAUCUGCCAGCAGCACGGCCGAUCUUGUUGUCAAAAAAACGAUAUUCCCACCAGUGUUCGGUAGAAGACUCCAGGCUCAAGUUGUGAAGCGCGGAGAUCGCGUUAACAUGGAAGUAGAAAUCACAGGAACCCCGGAACCCACCGUUACCUGGUUCAAGGACGACAUCCCGAUCAAGGAACGUCCUCCUGAAUUCAGAAUUAAGCAACAAGGCAAUUGUUACAUGCUGAUCAUCGACAAAGCUAACAAGGAUCAUGCUGGAAAGUACAUGGUUAGGGCAACGAACGCUGGCGGGGAAGCCCAAAGCAUAGCCGACUUCGCGGUUUUCGAGCCAACGCCGGACACGAUGGUCGAGGUUCACAAAACCGUCAUUUACGAGAACAUGCAGGACAAGAAAAUCACUCAGUCCGAGGAAAAGAAGGGCGAAGACUCUUCCAUGAAACAGACAAGCGAAUUACUGACGAAAACGAUCCAUCCAAGCACCGUGAUAAAACUGCCACCGAGCGUGACAUCCUCGUCGAUGUCUGAAACGACCCGCACGAUAGAGAAGAUCGGAGAGCCGGAAAUGCAGAUGUCUCGAUCGGAAAAGAUCUCAUCGACCGUCGAGUCCCAUCAGACGGAGACUAAAUCCGAACAGAAAUUCCACAUGAAGCUGGAACAUCAGACACCGUCGGUGCUAGAGCCGAAGAAAGAAGAAAAAACAACAACGAAGGAAGUGAUUCGCGAAGAGAGGAAGGUCGUUGAACCGAAAGCUACGGUCUUCGAAGAGAAAUCAGUGAUCGCGAACGAGAACAUCGAGACGUCGACGAUAGCCAAGAAAGACGCUCUGAGCUUCUUCGAAUCGAUGACGAAGGAAACCGAGACGGGGCCAAAGCGUCCGAAAGAGAUGAUCAGAUUGGUGGACGACACUGACGGCCACGAAGUGAAGGUUGGCAAACUGACGAAGAACUACGAACGAUCGACCACGUUCCAGGAGGUGAAGAAGCCAGAGCCCAGACCUCCGGAGCUACAAACUACCAAGAAGGCUGUUCACGAGAUCUUCACGAAACUGGAACAAGGGAGUGGCCCGUCUCGAGGCGUGGACAACAAAUUGUUCGACUUCCCUUACGAAUCUUACAAACCUGUAGAGACUAAGAAGACAGUGACGGAGGAGACGAUCACCUCGGGAUCCACGUCGUCGAUGAUGUCGAAAAUGGAGACUCGAUCGGAGAGUUCCGAGGUGGUGAUGGGUGGGUUCAACCUGGUACCAGAACCACCACCGGAGAUCGGUUACAUGCCAAAGCCCGAGGAGAUAAAAAAAAAACGCCCUGACGUGUCGAUCAAAGCGAAGCAACUUCAGGAAUCCUUCGAAAAGACCCUGUCUCCCAUCGAUGCGCCGAUCGGCGGUGUCAAAAUCUUCCCCUCGCCCUCCCCGAAAGUAAUCGAAACCCCGAAAUUCGCGCCAACGUUUUCCAUGCCACCUCCGCCCUUCCAGCUCGAUAAGAAAGAGAUAGUGGAGGAGGUUUGUGUGAAGAAGGACGUAAACGAGAAGAAGGAUCACGCAGCAGCGUUCAGGCCAGUCUCUCCUAGCAGACCAUGGUCCUCGUCCUCGGACGUGGAAACGAGAUCCCACGUGUCCACCGAUCUCUCCGAGUACAGGUGUCACUCUGCCGCCUCCAGUCAUCAGGAGAUUUUACGAUCUGCCUCGCCCAGGCCGUCGGCCGACGCUUUGGCGAUGGAGAAGUCCUGGGCGAAGAAGUGCGCCGAUUCCAGCAGGAAAUCUUGGCCCCCGCAGGAGGACACCACCACCAAAUUCAAGCACGAGUGGCAGACACCUCCCGAGGAGUACAAAACCUCCUCCAAAGAGUUAAAACGAGAAGUUGAAGAGUCCCCGGAAGGCAGAAUCAAGAAGAUCAGCGAGUCAUCGAGCAGUUUGGAGAGACGUUCCUGGAGCACCAAGCAAGAAGCGACAGAGAGAAUCGUUACUAGAGCCCCGUCGCCCCCAAAAAUUCAACCCAUCAUUUACAACGCCGAAACGAUCAAGGUGGAUCACACGGUGAACAAGAUCGAAGAGAAGUCUCUGUACGAGAAGUACAGCAGCGAGUCCGAUACCAAAAAGUCAGAAGUGUCGGAGAAGAUCGAGCAGUUCAAUUCCAAGAGUCGCUGGAUGGACGAUUUGAAAGCCCCGAGUUUGGUCAGAAGCGUCGAGACGCCCAAGAAACCAGCACCGAUCGAUCAGAUUAUCCUCGAGCCGGGUCCACCUCCAGAAAUCGGUUACAUCCCAGCACCAAUGAGAGAGACGAAGGUGGAAAAGCACGUGGAAGUGAGUUUGGAGCAUCACCAACCAGCCAAGAUUCCACCAGGCGGUGUCAGAACUAUACCUUCGUCUCCCAAAAGGGACGAACCACCCGCAUUGCCACCGAAAGAUGUUAGAAUUACUCCACCACCGCUACCAGCCAAGCAAUCAGCUCCUCCAGAACCUUUGGAACCGUUUCCGUUCAAGGCAACUCCGACUUCACCGGCCACCAAGCCAAAGGUAGCUCCUCCACCCACGCCCACCAAGUUCGUGAAAGGAUCCUUUGGCAUGGAAAGCGACUACGAGUCGGAUAUGGACGGUCACAUGAAACCAAAGUGGAGACCGUACGAAAGCGACAACGAAGAGCCGCGUUAUCGGAGGGUCCAAGCUCCGGUGCCCAAGCAACCGACCAGACCAAAGUCCACCGAGCCAGAGCCUCUUCCUCCCUCGAAAUUCGAGGUUCCUCCGGAAUCCGGCGGUUCAUCCAAGUCAGUGAUCACCAAAGAGCAGGAGAAAUUUUCCAAGAAGACCACUACUACCCUGAAGAGGCAAGAGAAGGAGACGAAACAACAGACGUAUCAUCAGGUCGUACCACCUGCGCCGGUGGAAUUGAAACCCGGCUCUCCUCCGAUUUACGUUCAACCAGUCAAGAAGCCAGAAUCUCCAAAGUUCAAGGUGAAAACGUUCCAGCAGGAGAGUGGUUACAUGGCAGACACCGACGAACCUUUCCAACAGAGAAGCUCCAUCUCGUCCAUGCAGAAAAGCUUUGGUAAACACGAAUCCUCCUCGUCCACUACGUCUCACAUGGAGUCACGUUCGUCUUACUCCGAGAACCGAUCGGAAUUCUUCGAAACCAAGAGCUACGGAAGUCAUCAUCAGCAUCAGCAGCAGCAGCAGGAACAGAUGCAAUCGUUUGCGCCAUCCGUGACGCCCGCCGUGAAGCAACCGGUUCAGCAACGUAGCACCUUCGUCGAGAAGAGUUAUGCUUCCUCCGGCACCUCACCAUCCAGAUUCAUGUCUACGAAGGAAACUGUUUAUGCCACGGAUCAAACGCAAAAGAAAUUCGAAACGGCGAAGAAGAUCCUGCCGCCCUCUCCGAGUCCUUCGAAAUUCGUGAAGGGCGAAUUCCGUGAAAGCGACUACGAGAGCGAUUACGACGGCAGAAUACCGGCACUUUGGAAGCCACGAGGUUACGAAAGCGACGAUCAGUCUUUCAGACCCGUGAAACCCCAUCUCGCUGGUCCAGCGAUAGGAAAGCCAGCGUCGAAGGAGCUGCCCACGCCGCCGAUCGAAGAGAUAUCGACGCGCGGAGCUCAGAGAACGAAGGAGCUCGAGAAGAAGAGCGUCGCGUCGAAACCCAAGACGGUUCUUCUACCCGGUUCGCCGCCGGAAAUGGCGUACGCACCCCCGCAGCCCCGGACAACCUAUUACGAGGCUCGUUCCGGGCCACCGUAUCACAACGCGAUCGGCACGGAGACCAAGAAGACGGUCAGGAUGGACGAAUCGACGGAGAACAGCCGGAGGAUCGUCACCGUCGAGCAAACCAGUCGCGUGAUCAACUUCGAUGCUCAAAAGCAAAAGUCUCGGUUCAAGGUGCCUAUGCCCAAGAAGUUUGUGCAGGGCCAGUUCAGAGAAUCGGACUACGAGAGCGACAUCGACACCAGAAUCAGACCAAAAUGGACGCCAUCCGACAGCGACAAGGAGGAGCCGCGCUACAGAAAGGUUCAGCCACCGGCUGUCAAGUCGCCCAGGUCAUCCAGCGCACCCGUCAGACAAGAACACGUCGUGUCGCCGAUGGAGUUCGACACAGGACCGCCGGUACUGAAGAAACAGACCUCGAUGACGCAGCUCAGAGACGAAAGUAGAACGAGAAAGCUAAUAGAUUCUCGGACGAAACUGCAGAGGGAUAUCACGACGUCCAAGCGGGACGAAGUGCUCAAGCCUGGCUCGCCGCCCGAGUUUGGAUACGUUUCGAGGAGCGACGUGAGAAAGGCCGCCAAUCACGUCGCGUCGCGUCACAUGAGCGACAUGACCAGCAGCUUCAAGUCGAAAACCGAGAGAUUCGUCAACGACAUCCAGUCGGAUAUGAAGCAGGGCAAGCCGAUCCUGAAGCAUCCGGUCGACAAUCGAGCCAGCGACGGUGACGAGCCCCGAACUUACAGAGAGGAAUCUCGAGUCUCGGAACACGGAACGAAGCAAAUCGAUCCGGACACCGGCCUGAUAUACUUCAAAUACGACUUUGGGUACGAGUUUGGGAUCGUGUUGCCCGGCGAGGGCAAGAAGACGGUGACCAGCACGAACAGGACCAUUCAGGGCCAGAGACGAUCCAGCGACAUCGAGGUUCCGAUCGUCCACGAGUUCACCACGAGGAAAGAGAACGGUUUCGCGAAGAGAGCCAGCAGCACGACGUCGUCGGGCCGACAAGGGAAACCGGCGAGCAAAUUCGGCACCUCGAAGACGGUCAAGUGGGAGCCAACGUCGGAGAGCGAGUUCUCGGAAGCGGAAGACAUCCGAAACGCGAGAAAAAGGCAUACCGAUGGCGGGAACGCGAUGGUGGCGCCAAGCCUCGUCAUACCAUGUUCGCCAUCGCCGUCAAGAUGGGACCACACGACGCCCAGUCCGCUUUCCUUGAGUCCAAGCUUACCGAGCCUCUCCCCAAGAUACAGUAGUGCCACAGGACCACCCAGCAACGUCGAUUCCGCAGGAUCACCGUGGCCAACCACCAAUGGAGUGGCUUCGAGCAAAGAAGUGAUUCAGCCUUACCUCGAAAUACUACCGAAAAAGGCUCCUCUAUUCAUCACGCCUCUGAGAGAUAUCGCGGUGGUGAGCGGACAAACAGCAAGAUUCGAGUGUAUCGUACAAGCUGAACCGCAGCCCAACAUCCUUUGGUCCAAGGACGGUCGGAUCGUCGAGAAUUCUACGAGCUACGAAAUCCAUUAUCGAAACGGUGUUUGUCGUCUCACCAUUGUGCGAGCCUUUCCAGAGGACGCUGGCACUUACGCGUGCACUGCGACGAAUAGCUUAGGUUCGACAGUGACUUCUGCCACUUUGCAAGUGCCAGGUAACAGACGAUCAGUAUACGCGCCUAUUUAAUAAUGGUCGAGGAGGGAUUUAAAAGAAAAACGCAGCUAAUACAAAGGUGGUGGAACAUUGAGCCUCUAACUUUGAUCGGCCGUAACAAUCAUAAUUCGCCUUCGUUUCGUGUCAUUGAUCUUAUCGUAAGAAAAAGAAAAUCGAUACAACGAACAGCUUCCGGUCGAUAAUCGAUAGAAAUAAACAAAACAAAAGAACGACGGAUACAAACAAAGUUCGGCUUAAAUGGUAAGCUCGCGUUGAAAACGACCAGAGACAACGAAAUACAAAAAUACAAAAAAAAAAAACAAAAAAAAAACAAAAAAAAAAACAAAGUAUUAAUUCUUAACGAUUUUUUUCUGCAUUUUGUAUAUGAAAAUG